AUGGGAGCUGUUCUCGGUUUGUGCUCCAUGGCCAGCUGGAUCCCGUGCCUGUGCGGCAGCGCCCCCUGCCUGCUGUGCCGGUGCUGCCCCAGCGGAAACAACUCCACGGUCACGCGCCUCAUCUACGCCGGCUUCCUGCUGCUGGGCGUGGCCGUGGCCUGCGUCAUGCUGAUGCCCGGCAUGGAGGAGCAGCUCAAGAAGAUUCCAGGUUUCUGUGAGGGGGGAAUGGGCUCUUCUAUUCCUGGCGUGGAGGGUCACGUGAACUGCGACGUGCUGGUCGGCUACAAGGCCGUGUACCGGGUCUGUUUCGGGAUGGCCAUGUUCUUCCUGCUCUUCUCUCUGCUCAUGAUCAAAGUGAAGAGCAGCCAGGACCCCCGAGCGGCGCUGCACAACGGCUUCUGGUUCUUCAAGUUCGCCGCGGCUGCCGCCAUCACCAUCGGAUCCUUCUUCAUCGCUGAUGGACCCUUCUCAACUGUGUGGUUCUACAUCGGCAUGGCCGGGGCCUUCUGCUUCAUCCUCAUCCAGCUGGUCCUGCUCAUCGACUUCGCUCACUCCUGGAACGAGUCCUGGGUGGAGAAGAUGGAGGAGGGCAACUCCCGCUGCUGGUAUGCAGCGCUGCUGUCUGUUACGGCCGCUAACUACGUGCUGUCGGCGGUGGCCCUGGUGCUGUUCUACGUCUACUACACCCACUCCGCCGGCUGCACCGAGAACAAGGCCUUCAUCAGCAUCAACAUGCUGCUCUGCCUGGGCGCCUCCGUCCUGUCCAUCCUGCCCCACAUCCAGGAGUCCCAGCCCCGGUCCGGCCUGCUGCAGUCCUCACUGGUCACUCUCUACACCAUGUACUUGACCUGGUCCGCCAUGACCAAUGAGCCGGACAGGAGUUGUAACCCCAGCCUCCUGGGCAUGAUCGGGCUGAACAGCACCAGUCCGGCUGGCCAGGAGCAGGUGGUGCAGUGGUGGGACGCCCAGGGCAUCGUGGGCCUGAUCCUGUUCCUCAUGUGUGUCCUGUACUCGAGCAUCCGCAAUUCCUCCAACACGCAGGUCAACAAGCUGACCCUCACCACCGACGAGUCGGCGCUGAUCGAGGACGGGUCAAACCCGGACGGCUUCGAGGAGGACGGCUCGUCCAGCCGGGCCGUGGACAACGAGAGGGAGGGCGUGACGUACUCCUACUCCUUCUUCCACUUCAUGCUGUUCCUGGCCUCCCUCUACAUCAUGAUGACCCUCACCAACUGGUACAGCCCUGACUCCUCAUAUCAGACCAUGACCAGCAAGUGGCCGUCCGUGUGGGUGAAGAUCUCGUCCAGCUGGAUCUGCAUCGGCCUGUACGUGUGGACGCUGGUGGCCCCGCUGGUCCUGGUCAACAGGGACUUCGACUGA